CUCCACAGUUUUCAAAAUCAGGAAGCGCUCGAUAGAAAAAGUAUCGCACUCAAAGCGACGUGUAGGCAGGCACAGAUAAUAGAAGGGACGCGUUCCUCUGCCCAAGCGUUGCUGACGUAUGCCAAACCUUACAACGUCUGGAAAGAGGAGACAAGUAAUCACUUUGAAACGUUGGAGACUGAGGUUUAAAGUCCCGACCGAAAGAGACAGUCUUCCCUCUCCUCUGCACGCGUCGUUUGCCAUGGCUUUGACAACCUGUACCAGAUUUACCGAUGAGUUUAAUCUCUACGAAGAGCUGGGAAAGGGAGCUUUCUCCAUAGUGAAAAGAUGUAUGAGGAUCUCCAGCGGACAGGAGUAUGCUGCCAAAAUCAUCAACACUAAGAAGCUAUCUGCUCGGGAUCACCAGAAGCUGGAAAGAGAGGCCAGGAUUUGUCGUCUGCUCAAGCACCCCAAUAUCGUGAGGCUCCAUGACAGCAUAUCAGAGGAGGGAUUCCACUACCUGGUCUUUGACUUGGUGACUGGUGGGGAGCUGUUUGAGGAUAUCGUAGCCAGAGAGUACUACAGCGAAGCAGAUGCCAGUCAUUGCAUUCAGCAGAUCCUCGAGGCUGUGCUCCACUGCCACCAGACGGGCGUGGUCCACCGCGACCUCAAGCCUGAGAAUCUGCUCCUGGCCAGUAAGCUGAAGGGAGCUGCGGUGAAGUUGGCAGACUUUGGCCUGGCCAUCGAGGUGCAGGGGGACCAGCAGGCAUGGUUCGGUUUUGCGGGAACCCCAGGCUACUUGUCCCCAGAGGUUCUGAGGAAAGACCCCUAUGGGAAACCUGUGGACAUGUGGGCCUGUGGUGUGAUCCUCUACAUUCUCCUGGUGGGCUACCCUCCCUUCUGGGAUGAAGACCAGCACAGACUGUACCAGCAGAUCAAGGCUGGGGCCUACGACUUUCCGUCUCCUGAGUGGGACACGGUGACCCCCGAGGCCAAAGACCUGAUCAACAAGAUGUUGACCAUCAACCCUGCCAAGAGGGUCACCGCAACAGACGCACUCAAACACCCCUGGAUCUGCCAACGGUCCACCGUGGCGUCCAUGAUGCACAGACAGGAGACGGUGGAGUGCCUGAGGAAGUUCAACGCCCGGAGGAAACUCAAGGGUGCUAUCCUCACCACCAUGCUGGCCACACGCAACUUCUCAGCAGCCAAGAGCCUGCUCAACAAGAAAGCUGACGGUGUCAAGAUCAACAACAAGACCAAUGUAGUCACCAGCCCCAAAGAGCCCCCCACACUGGAGCCUCAAACCACUGUUCUCCACAACCCAACUGAUGGAAACAAGGAGUCCAGCGAGAGCGCCAACACCACCAUGGAAGAUGAGGACGUGAAAGCUCGUAAGCAGGAGAUCAUCAAAGUGACUGAGCAGCUGAUUGAGGCCAUCAACAACGGAGACUUUGAAGCCUACACGAAGAUCUGUGAUCCCGGCCUGACAUCCUUUGAACCAGAGGCCUUGGGAAACCUAGUGGAGGGAACUGACUUCCACAAGUUCUACUUUGAGAACGCUCUGUCCAGGAGCAAGCAGGGGCCCGUCCACACCAUCCUGCUCAACCCCCACGUGCACCUGAUCGGCGAGGACGCGGCGUGCAUCGCCUACAUCCGCCUCACCCAGUACGUGGACGCCAGUGGCAUGCCGCGCACCAUGCAGUCAGAGGAGACGCGCAUCUGGCAGCGGCGUGACGCCAAGUGGCAGAACAUCCACUUCCAUCGCUCCGGCUCACCCACUGUGCCCGCCAAUUGAGAUGACGCCCUAUCCUGCAGCUGUUGCUGAUCUAUGGACCCCGCCUACCAAGUGUCUGUCACAUCCUCAUCCAAUCUCGGCCCAACUCUGCCAUCUCAGAGUGUUGUUUACAUAUCGUCGAUGCUGAACUGAAGAUUCUUCUUGCAAAAGAUGAAAAGGAAAUACACAACAAUCUUGACGAUAUAAUUUUGUAUUUUAUCAUUUGAGUGAAAAUGUUGUUUUAUCACCUUCUGUCUCAUCGCAGGACAUUUAUAACUAAACAUUUUUUGUUUUUUAUUCAGAAACAAUGAUUUCCUCUUUUUGAACAUGUUUUAUGUUUGAUGGGAAAAUGUUCAAUCUUCAAUAUUAUCAGUGUCAGGAACGUGCGGUGAACCAACACCAAACUCAUCAAGGUAUUCAUCUCAUCUGAAUAUUACACAUCAAUCCCAAUAACUGAACUGAUAUAGGUUUAGCCUUAAACCAACAUUGCAGUCUGUCAAUCCUUCUUUAAAUGUCAGUCUUUGUGCAGGAAAAUCUAAGAAGUGAACGACAAACAUGAGCUUGCUUUUAUUUUGGUGAUGUAUAGACUUGUGAUUGAUGUGAAUCGCUAUAUCUUUGCUUAAACUCUGGAAUAUCAAACUGUUUAAUUAUGAGCUUAGUUUGCAAUCUUAACAAUUCAAGUUGUUCUCAACUGGCUCAAUAUUAAGUAUGAUUACUUGGAAUUUUUAUUGACAGCUUAUGUUAUUAAGGGAAAAAUGGUAUCCUAUGUUUUAUAAUAUGCGUUUGUGUCUAUAUCAUCGCAAUGUGACCGACUUCUCAAUGAUUGAUCUAUAGUUUACAUUCUUUCACUUGUAUUACUCAACGCCAUUGUAUGACAUAUAGAACACUGAUUAAAAGUCUAAUCAUGAUAUUUUCAUAAGGCUGAUGAUAAUUAUGUGAAUUUUAUUGGUUCUAUAUUUUGGGGGGGAACUAUUGACCCUUUCAUGUAUAGCAAAUGGUUCUGUUUCUUUAGUGUAGCAUCUCCUCUCAUCUCCAACCCCGUGUCCAUGCAGAAGAACCUAUGGAAGAUAGUGUAGCAUCUCCUCUCAUCUCCAACCCCGUGUCCAUGCAGAAGAACCUAUGGAAGACAAAUAGCCUUUUACCACUGACACCUGGGUGUUAGUUUCUCUACUUGACAAGUUGCAACACACAAUGUUUUAUACGAGAAGGGAGACGGUCAUAUGAGAUCACAUUGUUCUGGUUAGUUUUUCCUCGUUGGUAGAUAUUUUCAUAAAUGGGUGUUUAGGUUGAUGGAAAUGUAAGGGAGUUAGAGAUGCAAUAAAAUUGAAUCGGGGUCAACCUAGAAUAUUGGGAUUGGCAAAGAGGUAAUCCAUUUGGGAUUAAAGGCACUGUGUAAAUUUGCCAUUAGGAUGAACCAUUACUUCCCCCAUGUGUUCCUACAGGAAUGGUGAGACAAUUUUUUAAAAUUUUAAUUACGUUGAACUGUACUAUGGGACAAAGUGUAUAUUGUUGUCAUGACGAGAAAGGACUGAUAGAUGUUUUAAGAAAUAUCAAAUAAAAUGUGAUUUCUGCCAAAUCUCUUAUUUCCAUGUCACUUUGCCCAUAGCUUAAAGUUUGUGAGGUGAUCACUGUAAUAAACAAAAAUACAUUUUAAAAAAGUGA